GUCACAGGCAGUUAUGUUUGAACUUUCUUUGUUAAACUAAAAUCAUGAGAUAGGUAAUGUGAGGGCAAAUCGUAAUCUUGGGUUGUUAUGACAUUAGAGGUCAAUUGCCAUUCAUUUUUUAAAACUGUGUUGUUAUGUUGUUGUAAAUCCAUAUUGAAAAAACCAAAGGAAUUUAACUCCACCAAACCCAAAAUUGGUGAAUCAAGAAGGCACCACCAUGUGAGGUAACGUAUAGAGAUUCGGUACAGAUUUUCCGAAAUUCAUAAUGUUAGUGGUAUAUGUAUAAAUAUCGCGAUCGUCGUCAUCCAGUCGCGCGAAAUCCAGUGUUGUAUUUUGAAUUGCAUGCCGAAAUCCCGUCGGCGGCGGUGCUGACGGCGAAGAUAGAUAGAAAGUACAGUUGAACUCCAAAUGAGGAGGAAGGAUUAUGAAGAUUUUUAGUUUUCGUCGUGUGGCAACUCUUUGUGUUCUAACAACGGGAACUGGCCUUGCGUUCAAAGCCUCCAACUCUAAUUCCAAUUCCCUCGAUGUUGAGGAGAAAUUUAGGACCACUAUUCACGGCUUCCGUCGUUCCUCCCGCGCCAUUUCCACAAUUUCGCUCAUCGUUCUUGAUUAUAAGUACUCUUUGAAUGGGGAGGUAGCGAACACUGAGGAAUACCGUCUUAAAUUGUCUGAGGUUCAUCUACGCUCUGCAAAGAGACUUUUAAAGCUAUGUCAAGUUAACAAAGGGUUUUACAUUAAAGCUGGUCAGUUUGCAGCUUCAUUGCGGCAGACACCAAAUGAAUACUCAUCCAUUCUCUCUUCACUGCAAGAUCAGGCUGUUCCUUGUCCAUUCAAAGAUAUAAAAGACAUGCUAAUCAGCAACCUUGGUUCAGAUAUAUCAGCAAUGUUUCUCUCACUUGAUGAACAACCUAUUGCUGCUGCGUCAAUUGCUCAGGUGCACCGUGCCAUACUUAAAAGUAAUAAAGAAGUGGCUAUCAAGGUGCAGUACCCAGGAUUGAUGCAAAAUGUGAAAAUAGACACAACGGUCAUGUCUUUCCUAUCGAGAACCAUCUCAUGGCUAUUCCCAGAAUAUAGGUUUGAGUGGCUGGCAUCAGAAUUUGGAAAGACAAUUCUUUUGGAGUUGGAUUUCUUGCAGGAGGCUAGAAAUGCUGAGAGAACUGCUGAAAACUUCAAGAAGAACAAUUUGGUCAAGAUUCCUAGAGUUUAUUGGGAAUUUACGACAAGGCAAGUUCUGACAAUGGAAUUCUGUGAAGGACAUAAGGUUGAUGAUAUUGAAUUCAUGAAGCAAUCGGGCAUAGAGCCAUCAAAGGUUGCUAAAGCACUUGUUGAAGUAUUUGCUGAGAUGGUUUUUGUCCAUGGUUUCUUGCAUGGUGAUCCACAUCCUGGCAAUAUAUUGGUUUCUCCAGACAAUUUAAAUGGCUUCACUCUAGUUCUUCUAGAUCAUGGAAUCUACAAACAGUUGGAUGAAGAAUUUAGACUGAACUAUUGUCAGCUCUGGAAGGCUAUGAUUACGCUAGAUACAAAUAAAAUUCUUCAACUAGGAGAAUGGUUUGGGGUUCCAAAGUACUCCAAAUACUUUCCUCUCAUUUUCACUGGCAGAUCAUUUGAUAGUACAUCUGCUCUAGGGAUGGGAAUGUCCAAUGAAGAAAGAAGAAAUCUUAAGCAGGAAUUGAAGUUGUUAAAGAUGGAAGACAUAUCAUCAUUCAUGGAAUCUUUACCUUCAGAUUUUCUCACAGUACUGCGCACAGAUGGUUUAUUGAGGUCCAUCACUAGAAAGUUGGGUGUUUCACAACGGCUCAGAAUAUUAACUUAUGCUAAGUUUGCAUUGCAUGGUUCUUCUCCCAAAUUGAAUCCCGCAACUGAUCCUAUUGUAAAAGUUGCUUACUUCAGCUUGAAGACAAGCUUAAGCUACCUUCAUUUGAGGCUCAUUCUUGCGGGCAUUGAGGCGCUAUCAAGUUUCCAAAAGUUCAUGUAUUUUACGUACUCUUUGUGUAGAAGGUAUUUUCAUGCCAUGAAAAGUAUGCAGAUGCUUUCAUUCCCGUAGCAUAUUUGAGGUUAUUGGCUUUUGGAAGAACAUAUAAGACCUGUUUCUCAACGUAAACCUUUACCUUACAAUAGGGCCAUCAUCAGCAGAUGAUUUCUCAAGCUAUACAGUUUUGUCUGUUUCGUACCAAAAACAAAACAAUAUAAAGAACUCACGUAGAGAUAGGAUAGGACUUAAUGUAACCUCAAUACUUCAUACUUUGCGGCCCUUGAUUGUCAAAUUCUUUUGUAUUAUCGAGUGGCCAGAUAAUGUAAAGCUUCAGAAUUUUUUUUUGGUUGUCCACAGAAGCAAAUAUCGUAGACAUGUUUAAGGAUGAAAAAUAGAUCGCCAUCCAUCUUUAUGCAUCUACCUAAAUUCCUACACAAUGGUUACUAGAUAUGUCAAUUUUUUUUACUUUUUAAUGAUACUUUUUAAAUA